AUGUCUUUUUUUGGCUUCGAUACGAAUCUGCCCAGGGACCGUGGCCACUCCGCCAAUGCGCCCGGCUUCAGUCAGCACGACGCCUUUGCUGCCCUCGGCGAAGCAGCUGCCGAUGACGAUGCCAUCGACUUCGACGAGACCUACGACGGCCUGGGCGAUGCCCUCGAUGACGCCGAUGACGCCCUCAACGACGACACCUUUGGCCAGGGCCCGGCCACGCAGCAGUCGAUUGGCAAAGAUUUCGACUUUGCCGGCCAGACGUCGCAGGUCCAGAGCACGCUGCAGGAGGAGCAGAUGCUCUACCAGGCCCGCCAACGGCCAGCCCAACAACAGCGCCCACCUGUCCCUCAGGCCUCGAAGCCCAACAGAAGCGGCUAUGAAAGCUACAAGGACCCCGAGUAUAUUCCGCAGUUGGAGGCCCGCGCAGACAUUUGGGGUCUGAAGCCAAAGCAGCCCGCCCAGCAGCCCGCCCAACAGCGAGCACCCGAGCCCCAGAGUACCCCGCAACAGCCAUCGCAGGCCAAGAAGCUGAUGAGCUUGGACGAGGUCGAGGCCAUGAUGCGUGCUCAAAGCAUCAGCAAUGAGCCCCCAAGAGGUGCCCCUCAAUACUAUCAUGGACCACCACCGGGCAUGCCUCCUCACAUGUACCAUCAGCAGCAGCAGCAGCCUUUCCCAGGUAUGCACGGUGGCCCUCCUGGCAUGUCUGGUUUGCCCGCCAUGUCGGGCCCACCUGGUAUGCCUGGAAUGCCCAGUAUGCCCGGCCAGUAUGCGCCCCAGAUUCUCCAAAGGCCUCAGCAGCAGCAACAGCAACAGCAACAACAGCAGGCUCCUAGGCAACAGCAAGCUCGUGCUGAGCUCCCGGCACAGCCCGUCUCCAGCCAGCCACCACAACAGCCUACAAUCCUACAGCGACAAAGACCACAGUCGAUCGAACCCAAUGCUCAGCAACAACGGCAAGGAUCGCCCCAAGUCCAGCCCCAAGGUCCACCCUCGCAGCCUCGACAGAUCUUACAGAACCCGAACCGUCUCGCUGGUCAAGGACAGCCAAUGGCGCCAGGUUCGCAAGGACAGCGUGGACCAGCCCUAGCUCACAACAGGGGCCCGUCUUUCCCGGGCAUGGUCAUCACCCAUCCCGAACAGCUACUUCAUCUCUCCGACGCAGAGCGAGCGGCCUUCCUUGAGGAAGAUGCCAAGCGAGCCAAGCGGAAUCAUAAGAUUGCCUUGCUUGCAAAAGACAAUGGCCUCAUGACUCCCCAAGACAAGAACUUCAUCACCCGUAUUCAGUUGCAGCAACUGAUGACAGCCACUGGUAACCUCGACGAAAAGGGUCCAGAGGCGGCCAUUGCAGAAGACUUUUACUAUCAAGUCUUCAGUCAGAUCCGAGGUGCACCGCGCCAGAAUCCCCAGCAGCCGGCCAACACCUUUGCCCAGACGUACUUGUUCCAGACCAACAACAGGUUUGGUGCUCGGAGAAAUGGACGAGGUGGCGACAACCACAUGCAGCGCAUGGAGCAACAGAUUCAGCGUGCGGUCGAGGCUGCCAAGGCAAGGCCAAAAGCCCGACAGCUUGUCAUGGAAGGCAGCCUGGGAAAGAUUGCCUUCAGCAAUUCCAAGACGCCGAGGCCAUUGCUCAAUCUGAAGCGACCAGAGACCAAUGAUAAGCUUCCCAAGCACCACAAGGUCUCGAUUGCGGAUCGCAAGGAGGCGCUGCGCAACAUUGAAAAAAUCUACUUCACCCUCUUGCAGAUGGAAGACCAUGAGCGAGCUCUGCCGCCGCCCAUUCACGAGAACAGCCCACCAGAAGCGAUACAGGCUCACAUGGAGUGGCGGUCCAAGAUUGAUGCCCUCCAUAAACAACUCUGGACGAACACCCGGAUCAUGGAGCCAAUCAACCCCAAUGCCACAACACCACAUCCUUUUGUCUCGAUACUGUCGCACGCAAAAGGAAAGAAAGCGAUUCCUCGCCUGUUCCGACACAUUGACGAGCAAGAGCGCAUCACCGUGGUCACCAUGAUUGUAGUCCACCUCGACAACCUCUCCGUCGUCAGCCAUGGCAUCGCCACUCCAGAGGAGCCACUACCUGCCGCCAUCCGCGAGGAAAUUGAGCUCUUCUCCCUCGCCGUCCUCCCCCCCAUCUCCACCCACAUCAACGAGUCCCCCCUCAAUAUCAUCAUCGGCCUCGUCGGCCUCAUGCUCGACCGCACCAACCUCCACCUAGCCGCGCGCUCCAAAAUCGGCCUCCAGCUCCUCACCUGCCUCAUCUCGCGCGCCGAAAUUCUCCGCCAAUCCGGCUCCGACGCCGCCGACGCCGACUGGCAGCAGUGGACCGAGCUCUACACCCGCCUCUUCGACACCAUCGAGCCCGUCCUGCCCUGGAUCUUCCCGGGCUCCAUCAACGACACGGACGACAAGUACAUUUGGCAGUUUUUGGCGGCCAUGGGGCUCUGCGCCAGUCCUGAGCAGCAGCAGCGGCUUGUACUGGGUGUCAAGGAUCGCGUCAUGGAGACGGUGUCGGUGAGCAAGGCGUUGCCGGCGGAGAUGGCGGGGCCGCGCUUGGCCAAUGUGAAUCUGUUCAUGACGGCGAUUGGGCUGGAUGUUGCGCUGUUGGGUUGA